UUUCGAUUCAAAUCAAAUAAUAAUAAUAAUAAUAAUAAUAAUGACAAUAUACCCAAUUCUCCUGAUAUGGAAAAAGAAGAACCUAUAACUUCUCAACCUAUUUUGACUCCACCAAAGGAUUAUCAACCAGUGAUUGGACCUACUUUAACUAGUGAACAAGAAAAGAAAUUGGAACAACUUGCUGAUUAUAUCAAAACAAUCUUACUACCUGAAAGUCAUGAAUAUUAUGAAAAUGAAAUACGAUUUUUGACUACUGCGACACUCAAACGUUACAUGCGGGCUAGAAAAUGGGACUAUGAGGCAGCAAAAACAAUGUUAGAAAAUACUGUGAAAUGGAGAAGAGAUUAUCGACCUGAUCAAUUAGAUCCUGAUUAUAUUAAACCAGAGGCCGAAACAGGGAAAAUGUAUUUUAAUGGAUUCGAUAAAAGUGGAAGACCAGUAUGGAUCAUGCGACCAAGAUUACAAAAUUCCAAAGAUGCUGAUCGACAAGUGAAAAAUAUUGUGUUUAGUUUGGAAAGAGGGAUUCGAUUGAUGCCUGAUAAAGUAGAAAAUAUUGCCAUUAUUGUGGAUUUCAAAGAUUCUUCUGCUUCUCAUAAUCCAAGUUUGAAUACUUGCAAAAAAUUUUUGGAUAUACUUGGUAAUCAUUACCCUGAAAGAUUAGGUAUUGCUUUUGUGGUCAAAUCACCUUGGUUCUUUUUUGUUACAUUCAAAAUGAUCUCACCUUUUAUGGAUCCAGUGACAAAAAACAAGAUCAAAUUUGUAUAUGAUAAUAUGGAUGGAAAACAAGAAAAUACCAAGGCAACAACAAAUGAAUGGGUACAUUUGAAAGACUUUAUUCAUCAUGAUCAGCUGGAAACUGAUUUUGGAGGUAAUUAUCCUUUCAAGUAUGACCUAGAAACUUAUUGGACUAGAUUAUUAGAAUAUACUGGAAAUCCUUACAAAUUGAUUGAUUAUUGAACAAUAAUAAUAAUAAAAAAACUCACACACAAAACUAUUAGAAAUCAACUUUGAAA